GGGGGUCAAAGAAGUUGGCAAGUGGCAAAAGGCAGAUUGCGGCCUUAAGUGGCUGAAACGCAAGUUGGAUUACAGAUAAAUCAGCAUCAAGAUGAGCAGCUAAAAAUAGAGUGUUGCCAGGCGGAAGGCUAACAAGAUUAUGCAGUUUGCAGAAAGUUGAGAAUAAAGUUUACUCUAACUGGAAAACCGUGGCAUCACAAUUAUUUCCAGUUCCAGUGGAAUUUCCGAAACGAAUCACAUAUUACAAAGCUAUGAGUAUAAGCGAAAAACUUGACAAGGCAUACUGUUUAUUCCAGAUAGUCAUGUCGAUAAGUUUGUUGACUUUUCUAGUAAUAUUUUGCUGCGGCUUUUUAGGUCAGCAUGAGGCUGGAGCUGACUGCGGAGCCUCUACCUCUGGUGUCUGGAAAGAUGAUGAUGCUGAUGUGGAAGAUGGAACUUGCAGUCGCUCAGCAUUAAACAAAGAUAGCGACAAUCUCUCAGAGCAUUUGGAAGAUGAUUCUUAUCAAAAGGAAUCAACUAUUGACAGUUCGGAAACAGGAAUUCAGGAGAAUCCAUUUAGUGUCUUUAUUAAAUUUUUCAAGUUCGUAUGGCAGGUUUUAAGUAUUUGGAUCAAUUGGAAAUAAUAAAUGCGACAAGGGAGAUAUCUGCCAGCAGAUCCAAA